UUCCCACGCCUGUUGUUGUGGCGUCUGCCCUUUUCUCUCACUCUCUCUAGCAACCUGCCGCCUCCCCCUCUUUUCUGUACUCCUCUCCCGCCCCGUUUCUCUCCGUCUCCCUGGUCCCUACAUCGCCAGUCUGCUUCUGUUGUCUCGGCGGAUUGUUGGUCUGGGGAGAAAGGAUAUCGCGAGUGUUGGAGUUUUGGUGAGAGUUUGUGGAAGAUGGCGCCUGUUGUGACAGGGAAGUUUGAGGAGCGCCCUCAACCACAGCGCUUAACAAGGGAAGCGAUGCGGAAUUACCUGAAGGAGCGAGGUGACCAAACUGUCCUGAUCCUGCAUGCAAAAGUUGCACAGAAAUCUUAUGGCAAUGAAAAAAGGUUCUUCUGUCCUCCCCCGUGUGUGUACCUGAUGGGUUCUGGCUGGAAGAAAAAGAAGGAGCAAAUGGAGAGAGACGGCUGCUCGGAGCAGGAGUCUCAGCCCUGUGCCUUCAUAGGGAUAGGAAACUCUGACCAAGAGAUGCAGCAACUCAACCUAGAGGGAAAGAACUAUUGCACAGCCAAAACCUUGUACAUAUCAGACUCCGACAAGAGAAAGCACUUCAUGCUGUCCGUCAAGAUGUUUUACGGCAACAGCACAGACAUUGGCGUCUUCCUCAGCAAGAGAAUCAAAGUAAUCUCCAAGCCCUCCAAAAAGAAGCAGUCCCUGAAGAAUGCAGAUCUGUGUAUUGCAUCGGGGACCAAGGUGGCCCUGUUCAACCGGUUGCGGUCCCAGACGGUCAGCACGCGCUACCUACAUGUGGAGGGGGGAAACUUUCAUGCCAGCUCCCAGCAAUGGGGUGCCUUCUACAUCCACCUGUUGGAUGACGAGGAGUCUGAAGGAGAGGAGUUCACUGUGAGAGAUGGCUAUAUCCACUACGGACAGACGGUCAAACUGGUCUGCUCUGUCACCGGGAUGGCCCUGCCACGACUGAUCAUCCGCAAAGUGGACAAGCAGACGGCCCUGCUGGAUGCAGACGACCCCGUCUCCCAGCUCCACAAGUGUGCCUUCUACCUGAAGGACACAGAGCGCAUGUACCUGUGCCUUUCCCAAGAGAGGAUCAUCCAGUUUCAAGCCACUCCAUGCCCAAAGGAACCAAACAAAGAGAUGAUCAACGACGGAGCGUCCUGGACAAUCAUCAGCACGGACAAGGCUGAGUACACCUUCUACGAGGGCAUGGGCCCCGUCCACUCGCCUGUCACCCCCGUGCCUGUGGUCGAGAGUUUACAGCUAAACGGUGGUGGGGACGUGGCCAUGCUGGAGCUGACGGGACAGAACUUCACUCCAAACCUGAGGGUCUGGUUUGGAGACGUCGAGGCAGAGACCAUGUACAGGUGUGCGGAGAGCAUGCUGUGCGUGGUGCCCGACAUCUCUGCCUUCCGUGAGGGCUGGCGCUGGGUGCGGCAGCCGGUGCAGGUGCCCGUCACGCUGGUGCGAAACGACGGGAUCAUCUACUCCACCACACUCACCUUCACCUACACGCCGGAGCCCGGGCCGCGGCCGCACUGCAACGCCGCCGGAGCCAUCCUGCGGGCGGGCAGCGACCGUCUGCUCACGGCUAGCAGCAACAUCGCUAACAACAGCGACGCUAACAACACCUACGGCCCCAACGGCUCCAACGCAGGAGUCACGUCCUCUUCCACGGCCGCCACUGUGGUGUCCUAACACACACACACACACUUAUACACACAAUAUGCCUUGAGAGCAAAACGUACCACAUGGUAAGAAAAGACUACAAAGUAAACGGACUCUCUAAAAGUGCUGCAUAUUGAUUUUGGAUACAAGAAAAGAAGCUGAAAUAGGAAAUUGGUCGGACAAAAGGGAGGAAGAGGAGGAAUUCGAAGGAAAGAACGAUGUCAAAAGUUGUCAACCAACGGAAAUAAGAGAAACUGUGCGGAACUCCUCACCGCUACCAUCUUGUCUCUGGUGUUGGAGCUGUGGAAUAAGUUCCUAUUGGCUCAGAGUACCAGCGCCUUUGACGGCCGUAAGAAAAUCGAUACCACAACAGCGAUGCAUCUGCCACAUGUAUAAAAUGUUAACAUAAAAGGAUAGUUUUUGUGCUCCCCCCCAUCAUUUUUUCCCUCCUUUUUUUUUUAAUAUGUUGCGUUAGUUUGUGUAUGUUUCUGUAAAGGGGGCGAGAUGUAUCGUUGUUGGAGGGAGAGUGAGGAUUGGGUAUAGAGGGACACAUAUAAAAACGUGAUGAUGAUAACAUAGUUUUUAUGGACCAAGGAUCUCGUAUAAGCUUUAGUAAAGGUACAUUUUCUCCAUACCUUUUUUUGUAUGAAAUAUAUAGUACACUUUUGUUACCAAAUAGUUUCUAUUCUCACCCUCCUAGCUUUGGCCUUUUUUGGGGGGCCAAAUCCCGACCUGGCUUGUGUAUUAUAGCUACCCAUAUCUCCGUCAAACGCCUGC